AUGAAAAGGAAGAUAGCUUCCACAGUGAAACGGGGGCACCCCCAAGAAGAAACAGACCCCCGCCAAAACGGCCGAGGAAAUCAAGGAACACUCCAAGACGUUGACUGGCAUCUACUUGGUCUGAACGGAGCAAUCAAUCACCAAGGAGAAUUAUCCACCAAAACAACAA